GCCCCCCGGCGAAGAUGGCGGCGCUGAGGGCGCUGCGGUGGCGGCGGCGCCUCCCGGGGCUGGGCCCGAGGCGGCUCCGGGGCACGGCGGCCGAGUCCCCCGAGGAGCGGCCGCAGUUCCCGGGCGCCUCGGCCGCCUUCGCCGAGCGCCUCGAGUUCAUCCAGCCGCAGGUGCUGGCCGGGAUCCCGGUGUACCGCGUCAUGGACCGGCAGGGACACGUGCUGCGGCCCAGCGAGGACCCCCAGCUGCCCAAGGAGCAGGUGCUGAAGCUCUACCGGACGAUGACGCUGCUCAACACCAUGGACCGGAUCCUGUACGAGUCCCAGCGCCAGGGCCGGAUCUCGUUCUACAUGACCAACUACGGCGAGGAGGGCACGCACGUGGGCAGCGCCGCCGCGCUCGACGCCGCCGACCUCGUCUUCGGGCAGUACCGGGAGGCAGGUGUGCUGCUGUACCGCGGCUACCCGCUGGAGCUGUUCAUGGCGCAGUGCUACGGCAACGCCCGCGACCCCGGCAAGGGCCGCCAGAUGCCGGUGCACUACGGCUGCCCCGAGCGCCACUUCGUCACCAUCUCGUCCCCGCUGGCCACACAGAUCCCGCAAGCCGUGGGCGCCGCCUACGCCAUCAAGCGCGCGGACGCCAGCCGGGCCGUGGUCUGCUACUUCGGGGAGGGGGCGGCGAGCGAGGGCGACGCCCACGCCGGCUUCAACUUCGCCGCCACGCUGGAGUGCCCCAUCGUCUUCUUCUGCCGCAACAACGGCUACGCCAUCUCCACGCCCACGGCCGAGCAGUACCGCGGCGACGGCAUCGCGGCGCGGGGCCCCGGCUACGGGCUGCUGUCGAUCCGCGUGGACGGCAACGACGUCUUCGCCGUGUACAACGCCACGCGCGAGGCGCGGCGCCGCGCCGUGGCCGAGAACCAGCCCUUCCUCAUCGAGGCCAUGACCUACCGGAUCGGGCACCACAGCACGAGUGACGACAGCUCGGCGUACCGCUCGGUGGACGAGGUGAAUUACUGGGACAAGCAGGACCACCCCAUCUCCCGCCUGCGGCUCUACCUGGAGCGCCGCUCCUGGUGGGACGAGCGGCAGGAGCGCGACUGGAGGAAGAGCUCCCGCAAAAUGGUGCUGGAGGCGUUCGAGCAGGCGGAGCGGGAGCCGAAGCCGCCGCCUCGCCUCCUCUUCUCCGACGUUUACCGGGAGAUGCCCCCGCGGCUGCGGCGGCAGCGGGAGGAGCUGGAGCGGCACCUGGAGAGCUACGGGGAGCACUACCCGCUCCAGCAGUUCCAGAAGUGACCCGGGAUCCCCCGGAACAUCCCGGGAUUCCCGAGAAAAUACCGGGAUUCCCGAAAAAAUCCCGGGGAGUCCCUAAAAAAUACCGGGGAUUCCCUAAAAAAUACCGGGGAUUCCCUGAAAAAUACCGGGGAUUCCCUGAAAAAUACCGGGGAUUCCCGAAAAAAUACCGUGAUUUCCCUAAAAAAUACCGGGGAUUCCCUGAAAAAUACCAGGAUUCCCUAAAACAUCCCGGGAUUCCCUAAAACAUCCCAGGGAUUCCCUGAAAAAUACCAGGAUUCCCUAAAAAAUCCCGGGAUUCCCUAAAACAGCCCGGGGAUUCCCUGAAAAAUACCGGGACUCCCUAAAAAAUACCGGGGAUUCCCUAAAACAUCCUGGGGAUUCCCUAAAAAAUCCCGGGAUUCCCUAAAAAAUACCGGGGAUUCCCUAAAAAAUCACGGGGAUUCCCUAAAAAAUACCGGGAUUCCCUAAAAAAUACCAGGAUUCCCUAAAAAAUCCCGGGGAUUCCCUAAAACAUCCCAGGGAGUCCCUAAAAAAUCCCGGGGAUUCCCUAAAACAUCCCAGGGAGUCCCUAAAAAAUCCCGGGAUUCCCUAAAAAAUACCAGGAUUCCCUAAAAAAUACCAGGGAUUCCCUAAAAAAUCCCGGGGAUUCCCUAAAACAUCCCGGGGAUUCCCUAAAAAAUACCAGGAUUCCCUAAAAAAUCCCGGGAUUCCCUAAAAAAUCACGGGGAUUCCCUAAAAAAUACCAGGAUUCCCUAAAAAAUCCCGGGGAUUCCCUAAAAAAUACCGGGGAUUCCCUGAAAAAUACCAGGGACUCCCUAAAAAAUACCGGGAUUCCCUAAAACAUCCCGGGAUUCCCUAAAACAUCCCAGGGAUUCCCUGAAAAAUACCAGGAUUCCCUAAAAAAUCCCGGGAUUCCCUAAAACAUCCCAGGAGUCCCUAAAACAUCCCGGGAUUCCCUGAGCACCCCCUGGGAUUCCCCAAAUCCGCCCCCAAAUCCCACCUGGAGACCUCCGGGGGGUUUUCCCGCCCCGGCAGUUCUGGAAAUUUCUGGAAUUCCCGGGAAUUCCCUAAAACACCCCCCCCUGAAUUCCCAAAUCCCCCCCAAUAAACGGCAUUUUCGGAGA